UCAUACUUUAUUCUCUUUCCGGGGGAGUGUGUAACGAAGAUGGCGGUGACUGUGGUGCGGUGCUGUGGGGAACUUUUGCGGGGAUCGUGCAGGUUAACCGGGAAAAUCAUUCCCUCACCGGUGUACCUUCGAGCAGGUUCCCUGUUGUCAACUGCUGUGAGGCAUCAAAGUUGGCAGAAGUCUAAACUGAUUCCUGGGUAUGUCCCAGAAACCUCCUUAUCCAGACCACCUUGGCCUGAAGUGAAACUCCCAAACCCAUCUGAGGUGACAAAGCAGCAUGCAGAAGUUGUGCAGAAAGUGAACAGUCUUGUUGCAGCAGGGCAGUACGGGAGGCUGUUUGCGGUUGUGCACUUUGCUAGUCGUCAGUGGAAGGUAACAAACGAAGACUUGAUACUGAUAGAAAACCACAUAGAUGCUGAAUGCGGGGAGCGAAUCAGAAUGGAAAAGGUGUUACUGGUUGCUGGGGCUGACUUCACUUUAAUAGGAAAGCCACUUCUUGGGCGAGACUUAGUGCGAGUCGAGGCAACGGUGAUCGAGAAGACUGAAUCCUGGCCCAAAGUACACAUGCGCUUUUGGAAAAGACACCGAUACCAGAGAAAAAGAAUAAUUGUGCAGCCGCAGACAGUACUGAGGAUCAAUAGCAUUGAAGUUGCCCCAAGCUUGUCCUGAUCGUCUGCUUCACUGUUCCGGAAGAACAGAUGUUGCUGAUUUUGGAAGCUGGAUAAUGCCUUUGACCAGCUUGUUGUGACUAUCCAGUUUGAUCACCAUGUGAUCCAAUAGGGCCUGUUUGUAUUCUCUACUGUGAACACAACCCUGUUAUGUAUUUUCAUGUAGAAACUAACCCCAUUAAUAGGGUUUUACAGUGAUGCAGUCAAAAUAAUUUGUAAUCAUAAUAAAUUGUGACAAUGAAUAAUGGCUUCUUUCUAUUAAUUGAAAUGUGCAUCUAGUAAUUUAUUGGUCCCUUUUGCCCCCUGUUUUAUUUGUUUUAUAUUGUUGAGAUAUAUUCAUAACUUUGUGACUUUCAUUUCAGGAACAGUGCUGUCGCAUCCAGAUUGCAAAAACAUAAAUUUAUAAUGGUUAUGCUUACUGUUAUCUGUGUUUCCUGACUCAGAUCUGCCCUGUUUCUGUAAAGAGCUGCAUCUCCAUUUUAAACCUUAUUCUGUAUAACUGGCCUACCUCCAAACAUAUGCAAGAUUACAAUCAGCCAGAGGCCUGAAAGAGCUUAUAACCUUUUUUUUAUACAGAUCACACACUACACUUUUUUUCUUUUGCUAUAAUCUUUAUAUAAGCAUUGUGUUUUUUUUCAGUCACACAUUUUUGACAGAAAUAAAAGUUUUAUUCAGGGUU